UGAAGUUUGUCCAUAAGAGGGAGCUUUUCUAUGAAGACACAACAAAAACCAAGUAUUUUGGGAAGCCAAAAAAAUAAUUUUGAAUUAAUUUUUUGCAUUUCCCGAGUCUUUUAUGUAAUGUGCAAGGCGUGACGUAAAAAAAUCCAAAGUUGCGGCAGUAUAAAGUGCGUUUUUCUUAACCUAAAUCGAAGAUGGGAAAUUUUGUCUAUUUUGUGAAGUAUAUUGGAAAAUAAACACUAAAGAAGGGUUUUAAAUGGUUGUAUUAGUAGGGAAUUAUGAAUGAUGAAGUAAUAACCGUAUUAUCAGACAUUUUAUGGUAUAUUUACUAAAAUAACGUCCAAGGAAGUGAGAUAAUACAAGUAUGAACGAUGAAAUAAUAACCAUAUCGUCGGACACAACACCAGGUAAAAGGGAGUUCAUUCAGUGCUGCUAUGAUGAUAAGGCGUCAAUAGUGACAGUAAAUUCGGACAGCACCUAUGUGGGGCGCGUACCAGUCAGCUGGCCUGAAUCUAUCACAAACGAAAAAACGUUUCAAACUCCAACUGGAGUGCAGAAGGUAAAAAAGUGGAUUAAUGAUACUGCAGUGAACUUAGCCAUGAGUGAGGAGUUAAAGAGUGAUAAAGGGGACAUGCUGUCGAGGAGUGAUUUUAGUAAUGGUAAAAGCCCUUCAGUGGGAAGUACAAAAUCGAAUAAAUCGGUGAAACAAAGUGAUAACUUGAGGUUGUUGAGGCCAAGAAGUAUCGAGAGCAGUAAAAAAACGCCAAAGAAGAGCCUUAAAAGGCUUCUGCUGAAGCCGAUUGCCAAAGAGGAGUUUAAUAACUUGAGGAGUGAGGAGGUUAUUGAAAUUAGAUCGGAUACUAGUUCCGAGGUUUACCAUGUUCCUUUGAGCCCUGAGAGUCAAAAAAAAGAGUUGUAUCACUACUUAAAACUGAUGAAUCCUGCUGAUAAAAAAGAGAUUUUGUUGAUACAAAAUAGGAGGUCCACGAGGGUUAAAAACUUGAAUUUAAUGCAGGAAAAGAAGGAGUUGGACAAAAAAAUGCGCGAAAACGAGCGGGAGAUCAUGAAUGGUUGUCUAAAUGGGCAUGGUAGUGACCCGGAACCCACGAUGAAGUCUUUUAAAGAGUUGAACAUCAAAAUUGAGGGUUUUAAGGAUAGCAGCAGUGAAAGUAGUGAUGAUGAUGACAGUGAGGAUGAUUUGGGGCCUUUUAAUUUUCCGCCAAUCGUUAAAAGUAAGGUUAAAACCGUCGUCAAUUUUGACGCGCCUAUUAAGAGGUUUUUGCACAACAUCAAGAGGAGUUAUGGGAAGCGUUUGGAAGGGUUGAGGAGUAAGUUGGAGGGGUUGUUGAAAAUCAGGAAAAACAUGAGGAAAAUCAAGAAUGGUAACAAGGAGAAUAAGUAUUUGAGGAAGAACAACAAGGUUAAGAAUGGUAGGAUUGAUAAGGUGAGGCUAAAAAUCGCGAACAAAAAGAAGUUGAACCAGCACUUGGAGAAGACUAAAAUCGCCAAAAACUACCCUAAAAAGAAGGGGUGCAUCCCGCAAAGAACAAAAAUAUUGCGAAGCACGGGCGAAUUAAAAAACGUCACGAUCAAAAAGCUGCUCAACUCUCAAAAAAAGUUGAAAAAGAAGAGAAAAUCGCAGACAAAAAGAGAUGCCACUCCUCCCAACAAACUUACGGACAAAGCAGCGCCAUCUACCUUCAUAGACUGCAUUUGCGAGAUAACGCCGCAAGAGGGCGAGAACGUCGAUUUGGAGAACUUUAUCGACGACAUGGUCGAUUUCAGCCGGCUUAGCGACGAGCACAAACGUUGCCUGAUGGAGUCGCGGCUUUUGUGGAACAAAUCCAGGGCGACGGUGCUGGGUUCGCCGGUCUCGUCGUCCUCGGGUAAAUCUGGCAGCCCCGCGAGCCCGUUUCUGGGCUACAACAGGAGCGAGGUGAUGGAAGGGGGCAAGACUGACAAUAUUAUUCAGCAGUUCAACUACCAAAAUUUCGAAGACUUUGAGGAGAAGUUAAAUAAAACUUUGGAGAUGAUUAGCGAGGGUUCCAAUGAAAAAACUUUGGAAAUAACUGAAAAUGAAGGUUUGGAAAUAACCGAAAAUGGCGUUGAAAUGAACAAUGAAGAUUCGAAAAAUGAUUUGGAAGAAGAAAAGCUCAAUGCCGUGAAUGGUUUUACGGAAAAAGAUGAACACUGUUUCAAACCUUUGCUAGCAGAUCAUGACUACACAAAUUUAGAAUCGAGUUCAAGCGGUUCGGAGAACGAAGACGACGUCGUCGUGGCGCGCACUCAACCGGAAGCGGUCUCGCCGCCGAAAACGACCGCAUCCACUUACGCCCCCUUCCGGCAGGCGAAAGAACCGCUCUCGCUGCACCGGAGCCUCACCGCCGUCGCGGAGAAGAAGCCGAGCGACGGCUUCGAGUGCGGCUGCGCGGCCGAGCAGAGCUGGGAGACGUUCUCGCAGCAGAAGAGCAAGAGCGACGACUCGCACAGCGUCUUCGUGUCCAAAGCGCACGGCGCGGUCCUCAAAGCCUUUUAUCUCGACGACCACCUGAUCGUCGCGCAGGAGUUUCGCGUGUCGCUGUGGACGCAGAGCGCGCUGGGAAACGUUUUGGCCGCGCAAAAUAUGUGGAUUCCUAAGGGCAGCGCGCCGAGAAUGGUGCUGAACAACCGGAGCACCUUGAAGGACUCGUCGGAGAUGGUUUUCUGCCGGGAGGCCACUGUUGCGUACGUGGAGCUGUGGAUCAAGGAGCACAAGUCGGAGAUCAGGCAGGGCCCUGUUGCCGACGUUUUCGCCACCGUUUACUUCUGGAAGAAGCGGCAGAACGGGCUCGAGAAGAAGGUUCUGCAAAUCGAGAAUAUCAAUGGCUUUGCAGAUGACGUUCAGUACGUCGUGUUAAAAAACGCCGCCACCAUCAUAGUGAGCUGGCACUCGGUGUCGGAAAACAACAAAAUAACGUUGGUGCACAAAUACUGCCUCGCCAGCGAUUUCGCCACUGUUGCCAACACCGAAAUGCAGAGCGUCAACCAUUACGUAUCAUCCCUGCACAACAUCGAAGACUGCGAGAGCAUGAUAAUCGGUUGUGGCGAAAACAAAAUAACUUUGUGGAACAUAGAGCACGGUUACAUCGUAUCCACAAUUGAAAUGAACGACAUCAGGGUGCCUUUGUCGACUCUUUGGGUUAAAUGCGAUCAGGGAUUUUUGUUCACCAUACAACAGUGCGUCAAUAGAGAACUAAGACUUAUUGCCAUUAACGGUUUCAACAACACGUGGAAAAAAUUGCAAAGCUACGUGCCCCCAGAAGGAUACGACAGGUUGAAAGGGGUGGUUCUGGACGAGGGUUUCAUCAUCUCCUUCUACGAUUCGGGUAUUUUGUGUUGGAAAGCGCAAACUGCGGAACCAAUUCAAGAAGAUAACGCAAUUCGUAACUACAUCCCUUCGGGGAAGCACAUAAUUAUUAUAGAAGACGAUCAAAUAAUCGUUAAAAACGCCCUGGCCUACCUGUUGGAGUCAUAGAUUUUCUUCGCCUAAAAGGAAUUGGAUGAUUUUCGACACAAGCGCCCCCUGUGUCAGUUUUACGAGGUUUUAGUUACGCGAAUAUUUUUAAAAUUCUACCGUUUAAUUAUUGUUAAUUUUUUACAGUUUAUUGUGCAAUUUUAUUUAAUUUCUUAAUGUACAGGGGAUUUUUGAAAUUGUUUAAUCCAAAUCAUCAUAGUUUUUGGAUUAUAAAUUUUGUAAAUAAUUAUGUUUUAUUUUAAAGUGAAAUUUAAUUUUUUAGUACAAAAUAAAAGUAGAUUGUUUUAUUUAAUAAAAAUCAGUAGACUAAAUAAAUGAAUUAUUGUAAAAUACUGUGAUUGUCGAAUUGUGUAAAUAAUUUCAAAUGUAAAAAAUGUAUAAUUGAUCACAAAAAGUUAAAGUUAAAAGCGAAUUUUUAACUAUUAGAGGGUUAUUAAAACAAGUUUGUGUAUUUGUAUUAUAUAUUUAAUAAUAUAUUUUGUAUUCAGUAUUUAUUGUUUUAUUUCAUCAAAAAAAAUUAUAACUUACUAAACUAAACCUAACCGGAACAGCCCCUGCAUCCACAGUGAACACACUCCACAAUCCUUCCCUAAAAAAAAUAAUUAUAACCUCAAAUUUAACAUCCACUAAUCACCUACCUCUUCAAGCUUCCCUUUUGGAACCCUACAGAUGCAAUUCGUCCCGAAAUUGGUAUCCCUGGUUUGUAUACACCUCAAGCAACACAAAUUUUCAUAUCCCUGCUUCUUCCACUUCGCAAUCAAGUUUUUAUCCGCUAUAUUUUCAUUCAAACAAUAAUCGUACAACUCCCUACUUAUAGCCUUUCUUCUGUAGAACAAAUCGAAUAUAUAACGCGAUUUUUGAUGGUGUAUUUUGAAUAUCGGCCACAGCGACUCAUUUUUACGUUUUCCCUCAUGAGUUUCAGUCUCAGCU